AUGUGUUUCCUCAAGGGGGCUUUCACAUUCGCGGCCUUUUCGGCCCUGGCUGCCAGCAUCCUCGGUGUCCCUCUUGAGACGAGCACUAUUGUCGAUUAUGAUAAGGGUGACUUGGCACGACAUGCCGUCGACGUGGGCGGCCUAGACGAGCAUCUUGCCGACCUGAGCCUUCCCAUCGACGCCAGACAUGACUCCCGCCUGGUCGAGAGACAGGUUCAAACGCCUCCCACAAGAAAGGACAUGAAAGUCUACUUGGUCAAUCUCGAAAAGCAGCCAGCAUACUCCGGUUGCACCCAGAAACUUGUUUUCUGGUCUGGUGUGACUGAGGGCCAAGCCAGGUCUUUUGCGACCAAAAAUAAGCGAUUCACAGGCGACGUGUACGGCUACUUCACUGAGCGGGCGGUCGAGCAGAAGGAUCUUAAAGAGUGCCAGGUGGUCUGGUGCAGGAUCGAAAAGUCGAUUGUCGUCCAGUCCCGCAAGGGCAAGCAGGUCACCAGUGUCGCGAAGUACGUCCUCUACAAGGACAGGUCCACGAAGCAUGGUGGCUUGAUCAAGACUAUUGCCGCAUAA